AUGUUGGCAAACUGGAAAACCUGGUGCCGCAUGUGUGCGAGCCAAAAAGCUACGUUAACGCUGGAAUCCGUUGAUAAAGUAAAUGUUAUCAUUUCGACUAUGCUAAGUGAUAUGUCGAUAAAAGAAUUGGAAGAAAUGCCGCCGAAUAUCUGCGAGGAUUGUUGCAGCUUUAUGACCACGCUGAAACGUUUCAGGGAGAAAUGCCAACAAUCGACCCGUCUCUUUCUCGACUUGAUGAAGCGUUCCGCGGUUAAAUUAGAAGAAAAUGAGAUUGCUGAGAUUCGCUCGAAAUACCUAGAAGAUGAGGACUUAGAGGACGUUGCAGACCGUUUGGAGGAGGAUUUAGACGUGGACGCACAGCAACUGUUGGACAUUGUUCAGGACACUCCGCACGAUGAAGAUAUGCAAAAGAUGGAUGGAGACAUUCCGGAGGUAUUUUAUAAGGUUGAAUCUAUAACGAUAUCCCCGAAUCAAGAGGCUUACGAUACCGGUGCAACCGAUACUGAGCAGUGGGAAAUGCUAGAAGUGGAAGUCGAUAACUUCAAGAAUGAAAAGGAGACGAAUGAUGAAAACAAUGCGAGCGGAGCAGAUUCCGAGCUCAAGAAAGUGCAAGCUAGAAAUGAUAGGCUUGUCGCUGACAUUAAGAAUACAUCCACGAUCGGCUCCAACCGAGAUGCAGGGGUUCGGCCUAAACGCCCCAGAGGUCGUCCACCGUUAGGGAAGGCGUCUGGAAAGCGAGGGUUCCAGUGUGCCACGGAAAUGGAUGACUUUGAUAAUGAGCCUGAAAUCAACGAUGAAAAUAAGGCAGGUUUACUCGAAAAAGACCCGGAAUACACGCCGCAUAAUAUGCGCUCCGCUAGAACCCGAAAACCCCAGUUUGGCGAUGAAGAGAUCAACGGUUCUACGAAACGUUCACGCGGUAGACCGUCAUUUAGCAAGAGCGUCGCCGACCAAGGGUUCCAGUGCUCCAUGUGCCCAAAAAGGUACAGCUCAAGCAGUUAUCUAAAGCGACACGAGUCCAGUCAUGGGACGGGUGAAGAAAAUCUACUUUGUCUUCUAUGCGACCGAAUGUUCAGCAAAGCCAAAAACGUGCAAGCCCACAUGCGUAUGGUGCACAAAGGGAAGAAACCGUUCAUAUGCGAGGAAUGUGGCAAAACUUUUGGUUCAAAGGGGGCGCUCAAAGAACACUACAUUGUGCACACGGAAGAAACACCCUUCCAGUGUUCUUUAUGUACGAAAACGUUCAAAAAUGCAGCACGACUGAAGACCCACGAGGACACCCACAAUAACACGCUGUACGUCUGCCCUCAUUGUGGCUUGAAGUUGAAUACUAAACGCACGCUAGGCAUGCACAUGGUUGUGCAUUCGGAGCAGAAGAAAUUCAAGUGCCAUGAAUGUGGCAACGAGUUCAAACGAUCGAAGGCCCUUAAAUCCCACUUGAUACUGCACACUGGGCUACGGCCGUAUCAGUGCCCGUUCUGUGACAGGACGUUCGCGAAUGGUUCGAACUGUCGGAGUCACAAGAAAAGGUUUCAUCCUCGAGAGCUGGCAGCGCUAGAGGCUUCGGGUGGUCAAAAGUCUGCAGUCAACAUUCCCCACCUGGACCAGCUGCAACGGAAGUAA